AUGGUUGGUAUUAAAAUUAGACCUCAUUCUGAGAAAAAAAUAGCAGCCAAACGCGGUGAAGUUUACUUAAUUCGUUUUGACCCACUAAUAAAAGGUAAAUUCAAAAAAAUUGUCAAGAACACGGAAAUUAAAGACCCGCAUCCGGCAGUGGUAAUCUCUAACGACAUCCAAAACCAAAAAAGCAGUCGAAUUACCGUGGUUCCUUUAACCCAUACUCUUAAACCUUUUUAUGAAGGCUGGGAAGUUUAUUCCAAUUUCAACAAUGAGAAGGGAAAAAUCAUGUGUGACCAAGUGAAAAAUAUUGAUAAGCAAAGAAUAAUAAAACAUUUGGGAACAUUAGACCCUAAAACUCUGAGAGAAGUAGAAAGGAAAAUAUUAGAUGGCCUGGAAUUAAUUAACUCCCUUGCUAACGAACAACUAAUCAUGGAACUGCAUUUUGGCUGGGAUUGGCGAAAUGUAGCAGUUAAAAAUCUAAAAUCAACAAUAUAUAUGACUAACCAAGCCCAAGAACAUAUUAACCAACUUACCAAUCAAAAAAGAAUUAGAUAUUUAGACAUUAGCAACCGAGAUUUAGCAGGUGAGGCUAAUUUAAAAGAAUUUACCGCUCUAACUAGCCUAAAUUCUUAUAAUAACAAAUUUGAAAACUUGGACUUCUUAAAUACUUUACCCAAUAAAGAUAAAUUACAAAGAAUUAAUUUUUUUGGUAAUCAGAUAAAAGAGAUAGAUUUAGCCUGGUUAUUAAACACCUUUCCUAAAUUGGAAUAUUUGAAUUGUGAAAAUAAUCCGUUAAGUGCGAAAAAUUUGGAUAAUUUAACUAGCAAGCAGUUUGGGAAGUUGGUUCAGGGAAUAAAAGAUAAAAAAAUAAGGAUUAAUUCUUUUAAAGGAACCAUUUUGAUGGAUUUGCUGGAAUACGCUCAAAAAUUAGUUAAUAAAGGCAAUAAUAACCAGCAGCAAAAUGCUCAAUAUUUACAAACACUUAUCCAGCAAGGGAGUUCACCAGUGAAGUCAGAUAAUAAACAACCUGGUAAUAAUACUCUGCUUUUAGUUGGUUUGAUUGUUUUUAGCAUUUUAGCCGUAGCAAUUGUCGGUUUAGAGUUAGUGGAAUUUCCUAGUUCCGAGCUGGUUGGUUGGGAAAA